AUGAAAAAACUUGAGGAACUAAACUCUGAUGCCCCCAGAACAAACGAGCAAAAUGCAGUGGACCACAGCUGUUUUCCGUCAUCCGUACCGCAACAGCGGUUAAGUGACCUUAACACCACGCAAGAUUGGGAAGAUUGUAAUGAAAAUAUAUCCCCGAUUAACACUAGUCUUGAGUCGUCAUCAAAUCAACAGCAGUUAACUGAAAUCAAAUCCAAACAGCCGCCGGCGAAGCCCUCAGAUGCUUUUGUUGAAAACACACUUACAGCAAGCACCAGCUACAACCAGAUAAACGAGAAAUCUACAAUUAAGAGACCUACACUGGACAGAAUGUUCGCUUCGACGUCACAAAGAAAUGAUGAUGGUUUGCGGGCGUCUUACAAUAUCUCGUUACUUAUAGCAAAAUCCGGAAAACCGCAUACUAUCGGAGAGAAGUUAAUUUUGCCAGCCGUUGAAGAGGUUUUAAAAACUGUUUUACACAAACCUGCAUCUGAUAUCAUUAAAAGAAUUCCCUUAAGCAACAAUACUGUUGAAAUACGUAUUGAUGAAAUGAGUUCUGAUAUUGAAAGCUUCUUAUGUAAUUAUUUGCAAACGACCCAUUUCUCUAUACAACUGGACGAGUCAACUUUACCUGAUAAUGCAGCAUUAUUAUUGGCAUAUGUUCGUUUUAUUAUGAAUCAAGAAAUCUACGAAGAACUGCUCUUCGCAAGAACUUUGAUAACCGACACUAAAGAAUUUCUGGAUACUAAAGAUAAAAUUUUAAAAGAAAAUUUAAUGAAGAGGAAAACAGACUGCCAGGAAGACGACGUUUCAACUUACGUUCAACAUUUAAAUGCCCUCUAUUCAGAUUUUGAAUCUAGGUUUGAGGAUAUUUUGACUAUGGUAAUACCACCGUGGAUAAUUAAUCCAUAUGGUGACAUAGAAGAAACGAAUGUCAUAAUACAAGAGGAACUGACUGAACUAAGUACAAACGAAGAACUUACGGUUCAGUUUAAAAACGGAUAUCAGCAAUUCUGGCUGCAAAACAACAUACCCGUUACUUAUCCCGUAUUAUGGAAUAUAGCGAGGGAAUUUUUAAUUUUCUUUCCAUCGUCAUACCUAGUGGACGCUGUUACCAAUCUCCUAACGAAAAAAAGAAACAGACAUCAUUAG